CAAAAUGGAAAGAGAGGUUGAGUAAUGAGUACUAGUAGAAUGCUAAUCUCAGUGUUGCGCGAACUUCAACUGUCUGUUAAGAAACAGUGUGAAUAACCAGUAAUGUCCAAUCAAUGGAGAACCCUCUUCUUCAUCUUCUUCGUGGUGUUGAUUCACUUCACCACCUCCAUUGAAGACUUCGCUUGCAAACGACCUCACCACUCUCGCUACAAAUUCUGCGACACUUCACUCUCCAUUCCCACCAGAGCCCACUCCCUCGUUUCCCUCCUCACCCUCCCGGAGAAGAUCCAACAGCUCUCCAACAACGCUUCCUCCAUCCCACGCCUCGGCAUCCCCGCCUACCAGUGGUGGUCGGAGUCCCUCCACGGCAUCGCCAUCAACGGCCCCGGUGUUUCCUUCGACGGCGCCGUUUCAGCUGCAACCGACUUCCCUCAGGUUAUUGUCUCCGCUGCUUCCUUCAAUCGAACGCUAUGGUUUCUCAUUGCCUCCGCCGUCGCCGUCGAGGCCAGAGCUAUGUUCAAUGUUGGGCAGGCUGGGUUGACUUUCUGGGCUCCCAAUGUCAAUGUCUUCAGGGAUCCUAGGUGGGGUAGGGGGCAGGAGACUCCUGGUGAGGAUCCCAUGGUUGCUUCUGCUUAUGCUGUUGACUAUGUGAGGGGACUUCAAGGUGCUGGAGGGGUCAAGAAUGUGUUUGGGGAGAAAAGGGCUUUGAGUGACUAUGGUGGUGGAAGUGGAAAUGGAAGUUUUGAUUCUGAUUCUGAUGAUGGUGAUGAUGGUGAUAGUCUUAUGGUGUCUGCUUGUUGCAAACAUUUUACUGCUUAUGAUUUGGAGAAAUGGGGACAGUUUGCUAGGUACAACUUCAAUGCUGUGGUAUCUCAGCAGGAUUUGGAGGACACUUAUCAACCCCCUUUUCGCGGUUGUGUUCAACAAGGAAAAGCAAGCUGCUUGAUGUGUUCCUACAAUGAGGUCAAUGGUGUUCCUGCUUGUGCUAGUGAGGAUCUCUUGGGAGUGGCUAGAAACAAUUGGGGGUUUAAAGGGUACAUUACCUCUGAUUGUGAUGCUGUGGCUACGGUGUUUGAGUAUCAGGUGUAUGUAAAAUCAGCAGAGGAUGCUGUUGCUGAGGUUCUCAAAGCAGGUACGGAUAUCAACUGUGGAACCUACAUGCUUCGACAUACUGCAUCCGCCGUUGAGCAAGGAAAGGUAAAAGAGGAAGAUAUAGACAGAGCUCUUCUCAACCUUUUCUCUGUUCAACUGCGCCUUGGACUGUUUGAUGGAGACCCCAGAACAGGUAAGUAUGGCAAACUUGGACCGCAUGAUGUUUGUACUUCAGAACAUAAAACAUUGGCACUUGAAGCUGCAAGGCAAGGGAUAGUGUUGCUGAAGAAUGACAAGAAGUUUCUUCCCUUGAAUAGGAAUUAUGGUUCCUCCUUAGCAGUAAUCGGCCCAAUGGCAGUGACAAACAAAUUAGGUGGCGGUUAUUCAGGAAUUCCUUGCUCCCCAAAAAGCUUAUAUGAGGGACUUGCUGAGUAUGCAAAGAAGAUAUCCUAUGCUUCUGGUUGCAGUGACAUCUCAUGUAACUCUGAUGGUGGUUUUGCUGAGGCAAUUGAAACUGCAAGACAAGCUGAUUUUGUUGUCAUAGUAGCUGGGAUCGACACAACACUAGAGACAGAGGAUCAUGACCGGGUUAGUCUUCUUUUACCUGGUAAACAGAUGGACCUUGUAUCCUCUAUUGCUGCUGCUAGUAAAAAUCCUGUGAUUCUAGUUCUUACUGGUGGAGGGCCCCUUGAUGUCUCUUUUGCUGAAAGAAAUCAACUAAUCCCGAGUAUUCUUUGGGUGGGGUACCCUGGUGAAGCUGGUGGAAAAGCACUAGCUGAAAUCAUCUUUGGAGAGUCCAAUCCAGCUGGAAGGCUUCCAAUGACUUGGUACCCUGAGUCAUUUACCAAUGUUCCCAUGAAUGACAUGAGCAUGCGAGCUGAUCCUUCACGCGGUUAUCCAGGAAGGACCUACCGAUUUUACACCGGAAGUAGAGUGUAUGGAUUUGGGCAUGGCUUAAGUUAUAGUGGUUUCUCAUACAAGUUCUUAUCUGCUCCAAGUAAAGUUAGUUUGUCUAGAAUCACGAAAGGUAGUCUUAGAAAAAGUUUAUCAGAUCAGGCAGAGAAAGAGGUUUAUGGAGUUGAUUAUGUUCAAGUUGAUGAGUUGCUAAGUUGCAACUCUUUGAGCUUCCCAGUGCACAUUUCUGUGACAAACCUUGGUGAUUUAGAUGGAAGCCAUGUUGUGAUGUUGUUUUCUAAAUGGCCAAAAGUUGUAGAAGGCUCUCCACAAACCCAGCUUGUUGGAUUCAGUCGUGUGCAUACUGUUUCCAGUAAAUCUAUUGAAACAAGCAUUUUGGUGGAUCCUUGUGAACACUUGAGCUUUGCAGAUGAGCAAGGAAAAAGGGUAUUUCCCUUGGGCAAUCAUGUUUUGAGCGUAGGGGAUGUGGAGCACACUGUCUCGAUUGAAAUUUUUUGAUGACUUGUAAAAUGUAAACGGUUGUAAUUUGUUGUAUAACUUUCUUCUUAAAAUUGUAAACGUUAACCAAUAAAAAAGAAGCGUAGCACCGGGACAA